AUGGGAUUAGAGCCUUUAAAUACAAAGAGGAUUAGGUUUAGGGUCAAAGGAAAGUCAAGGGGGAAGCAACAUUUUUCGGGUUUGACUUUGACUUCUCAGCUCGAUCGAGUUGAAGCUUGGCCGGUCGAGUUGAGGAACUCGACCGGUUGGUCGAGUAGACGGUCGAGCUGGUCUUCAAGAUGGCUUCUCCCUUCUUCCUUUGCGUAUCCAGUUGAGCUGCUUCCAUGUGCCAAGUCCCUCCAUGCUCCUUAUGUCCCAUAUGCUCCAGAAUGCUCCAAAAGACCUAUUUCAAAGGACCAAACAUGCAUAUGUCUUUUGGAGCAUUUGGAGCAUUGGGACGUGAGGAGCAAGGAAGGACUUGGUGCAUGGACGCAGCUCAACUGGAUACGCAAAGGAGAAGAAGGAAGCCAUCUUGAAGUCAGCUCGACCCAUCCUACUCGACCGGCCAAGUUCAACUCGAUCGAGCUGAGAAGUCAAACCCGAAAAAUGUUGCUUCCCCCUUGA